UAAAGGGUGAGGUCGGGGGUUCGAACCUCACCAACAACCUAAUUAUGGAGUUAGUGAGAACUCAUAAUGGAGGGGUUGGGGUCGGUGCGCUGCAGCGCUGUGAGCUUGGGUCUACGGACGGGUGGUUUCGCAGGACGGGUUGUUACAUCUUGUAUCCAGGUAAAGAGGAGCUCCCUGAUGACAAAGAGAUGACUAUAUUCGAUCAUCUUGAGGAGCUCAGGGAGAGAAUAUUCGUCUCUGUUUUGGCUGUGGGAGCUGCAGUCACCGGAUGCUUCACCUUCUCCAAAUAUCUAAUAGUGUUUCUUGAAGCUCCUGUCAAAAAUCAGGGUGUACGGUUUCUCCAGCUAGCUUCUUAAUCUCUGUGGUCUAUCGACCAGUACUUUGAGUUUUUGCUAGUUCUUAUGUUCAGCACCGGUUUGUCUUUCCAGGUUCCAGUAACUCAGUUACUCCUGGGACAAGUAGGGGUGGUGUCUGGAGAUCAAAUGCUUUCAAUAUGGAGAUAUGUGGUGGUGGGUGCGGUGGUUGUAGCAGCUGUGGUCACGCUCUCGACAGACCCAGUCACUCAAAUGCUCCUAGCAACGCCGCUUCUGGGGCUAUACUUGGGUGGUGCGUGGAUGGUCAAGCUCACAGGUCGUUGAGGAACUUGGUUUGGCUGUUCAAAGACGAAAUAAAUUCAUGUAUCUUUUGUAGAGUAUACGACUUUUGUAGAGACCACAUUUUGGUUGCCUAAAGUGUUCAUUUGAAUCUUCAUCUUUGAAUGUACACCAGAAAAGUGCAGAGAGGUUAAGGGGAUUCUCGAGAAUCCUGAAAUCUGCACUU